GCGACUCAACAGCAACAAAGUCUCAGGCGACCAGCGCAAAUAAUUAUCCUAUUCUAAAUUCAUCAGGGAAUAGCAGUGCGUUUGGAUGAAGAUGCAUGAAAAUCAGUGAUUUAACUCUCCGAUCGAUAAUGGCACGGUGUACAAUAACGGAGUCGUAAAAAGAAGAGUGCAUUUAAAAAUGUAAAAUUCUUGAGGAACGGAGUGACCCAAGUCUACCUGGCAGCCUGGAGAACCUGCGCUUCAUUAAAUGGGAAACUGGUCGGCAGGCUGAUUUACAUUUUAGUUUUUAAAUAUUUGAUUUAAGAGUCACCCUUCGAAAUCGGAUCAACAUCUAUGUAAGAAGAUGAACUGUUAUGAUCGAAAACUACGACAGACUCGUCCUGAAUCAGAAAGCAACAGGCCUGACCAAGUUGUACCUCCAAAGAGAUCCAGGGUGAAUGGCUGGUCCUUCCCGUUACAUUCCUUCCAGUUCAUUGCUUGGUUCUUCUACAUCUACCUUGUGGUUGUUGGCUUUGGAAUUUUCAUUCCUCUACUUCCUUAUAGCUGGAAGUAUGCUGGUUAUUGUAUCUUUGGAACAGCCUUUAUUGUACAUCUCGUGGCACAUUUGGUGGCAGUCUCUGUUGAUCCAGCCGACUUCAACGUACGUGCCAAGCACAACUACAACAGCCCUUUGCCAGCUUUAGACCGGACCAAGCAUCCACACGCAAUUCAGAAUCUGCACUGCUACUUGUGUGAAGUUGAUGUUGGGCAAAAGGCAAAACACUGCAGCAGCUGCAAUAAGUGCAUCUCUGACUUUGACCAUCACUGCAAAUGGCUGAACAACUGUGUUGGAGGAAGAAACUACUGGUUUUUCUUCAGCACAGUAGCCACUGCUGUCUUUGGAAUCUUCAUGAUGGUGGUCAUUAGCUUUUAUAUUUUUAUUGAACACUAUGUGAACCCCAGCGAACUGCGGACUGCUCCUCAGUUUCAAGGCAUUUGUGACAACACAACAUGGUUAGCGUUCCUCCCUCUGACACCCAUUGAAACAAGCUCAGCAGGGAUUCUGGUGGCAGCAUUUUUCACCUUCUUUUUAGGAACUGCUUCACUGCUGCUGCUAGGGCAUUUGCUUGGGUUCCAUAUUUAUUUAUUAAUAAAGAAGAUGAGUACUUAUGAGUAUAUAAUAAAACAACGAAGCAUCGUGACUGCACGGGGACAGGAUGGAUAUCCGGAGUCGUCACGGUCCACCCCAGUUGGUGCACUCUCUCUAGAGGUCCCAAUGUCUGUUGAGACGGCCAUUGAUUGUGAUGCACCCUUAUCUGCCAGAUCCAGUGCCUUUAAGUAUCGAGAUAACAUGCAAGUUUCAGCACGACAGUCAAAUAGCACCUAUAUGGAGGAAUAUCACAUUUCAAAAACCAUUAGUCCUCCGGGUGACAGUGCUCAUUACAACCAAAAACAGGCCACACACACAUUAUCAGAAGACACAACAAGAGAAAGUUUGGCAAGCUCAGGGACCAGCUGGAAGACACUUACGAGAAGUCAGAUGGAAAGAGUGGACAAAACUGAAGAUCCACCAACAGUUCGGUACUCCGACCCGAAGGAACACGUCACUGCUCGCUCCGCCCAUCCACAAGAGCAUGUCCAGAGUUUGAGCUCCUCACGCACAAGUACUUUCUAAAAGAUGAUGGCUGCUGAUUGGGAGAUGAGUUUACUCGUGUGGUGCAAACAUGUUCGUUUUUAGAGAAUCGUGCUCUGCGUCAUCACGUGCAACACUGAGACAUUACCAGCACUGUGCCAGUCUUGUCCACAGUUUACAUUCAUUAUUUUGUGUCUGACUUUAUUCUCUUGCAGCAAGAGGUCUAUUGAAGACAUACCAAAACCAGGAGCGGUUUUGCACUUUUUUUUCUUAAAGAAACACAGAUGACAGUAUUUAUUUAUAUAUUUAUUUUCCAAAAAGAAAAUAAUCUUUAGCUUGUAUGUAUGGAACUAAGGGAGCAGCAAAGUCGUGGUAAAUUUUACUAAAGCUUAACAGGCAUUUUAUUUUCUUUUACGCCAUCCAAAGUGCAACAUGUGACCAGUAGGUGGCGCUACAUUGCUUAUGAGUUCAGGAGUUUAAAUUGCUGGCUUUGUUUGAGUAGCCACUGAAUUGCUUUCAAUGCCAUAUAAAAUUACAUUUAUUUUUAUAUAUUUUAUAUGUUUCCUAAGUAAUAAAAUUGUUUCAUUGUAUUUGAUAUAAAAAAUGUAAAAUCCAUAUGAAUACACUUUGAUUUUUUUCAUUUACAUUUAUAUGUAUUGGAUUACAAAAUGUAUCCAUUAUUUUUCUCUGAUUCAAGAACAAAAAAAUUCUACACAUUUAUAUCUUCAUCAUAAGAAAAUGAAAACUGACAGCUUUAAAGGAAUACUCCACCCAAAAAUAUGUUUUUUUAUAUUUUACUUACCCUAAAUAGUUUGUAUUGAUGGCCGAGAAAAUUUUAAUGUCAUGUUUUCAUGCAGAAUGAAAACAAUGGUGGCCAGUUCUGUACAAUGGCAGAUGGUGUGAAAAUCCAUCCAUCCAUUAUCCAACCCGUAUAUCCUAACUACAGGGUCACGGGGGUCUGCUGGAGCCAAUCCCAGGCAACACAGGGCGCAAGGCAGGAAACAAACCCCGGGCAGGGCACCAGCCCACCGCAGGGCACACGCACACACACACCCAGCACACACUAGGGACAAUUUAGGAUCACCAAUGCACCUAACCUGCAUAUCUUUGGACUGUGGGAGGAAACCCACGUAGACACGGGGAGAACAUGCAGACUCCACGCAGAGAGAACCCGGAAGGCAAACCCAGGUCUCCUUACUGCGAGGCAGCAGCGCUACCACUGUGCCACCGUGCCGCCCGGUGUGAAAAUUAUUCAUGGAAACAAGGCAAACAAAAUCCACGUUUCAGUUAUCCACAUGAAAAUUGCAUUAUUGUUUGCUAAAAUAUUGUGCUAGAAUUUUAUUACUUCUGCAAUAAUUGGUGCACAUCAUAAACAGGAAACUAAAGCUUCAUGGGACUCAUGAAGACCUGCAUCUCCCCCUUAUUCGUUGGUCAAGAGUCCGGUCUUCAGUUCAAAAAAGUGACUCCCAUGCAGAUUUAGUUUCGUGUUUAUGAUGUAUGCUGAUUUUUAGUAAUUCAUAAUAUUUUAGCAAAAGGGCAUGAAUUUUGCACAUUUUGAGAAUGCAAAUGGAUAACUGACAUGUGGAUCAUGCAACACGAGUAAUGUGAGAUAUAUAUAUUUUUUUUGUCUCCUUUCCAUCAAUGUUUUUCACUUAGUUUGCCAAGGUACAGCAUUUAGUCGCUAUUUGUUUUUAAUAUAACAAACUUUUUUCUCUUCAUUUUGCAUGAUAACAUGAGAAAAAAAAUUUUUGGCCACCACCACAAAGUAAAUAACAUUUUUAGCAUUUAUGGGUUGAGCUUUCCGUUAAGGUUGUGCAAGCCAUGCAUGUUGAUGUGUGUGCAGUAUAUUUUAUUUGUCUGAAAAUCUAAAGUUGGUCCAUUUCUUUUUGACAAAGGUGGUUUCAAACAUCUUGUUUGAGCAGGUUGCUCUCUGCAUGGACUUCUCUUUCGCUGCUGUAUUAUAUUUUAUACUAAUGUCUCACAAUGUUCCUUCACAGAAAACUAUAAGAGUAGAGCGAGCAUUGUUGACUGGAUGCUAUCUUGCACAUGCUAGUUGAAUCAUAGUAAAUGAGUUAUGUUGGUUUAAUUGUUUUCAUCAAAACUUUUUAUGUUCUUAUUAAGUCCUGAAAUGGUUAUAAGGGUGUACUUCUCGGGCGCUGUCAUCUACUACUUCCCUGCAGGAUUCUAAUGGAUAGCAACACAGUGCCAUACAGGAAAUCCAAAGAAAAGAUUUAGAUUGUAUAUUGCCAGCUCAUACCAAAGUGACACUUUAACAUUGGCAGACAUGCCAGAUAUCCAAUAAAUAAACAGGUGUUAUCCAGUUUGUUACAGUGUGUCAUGCAGAGAUGCGCACUGCCCACUCAAACUGGAGUCUAGCUGCAGAAUUCCCAAGCUCCACUGGACAACCGAUAGGGCUGCACAUUUAUAUCACAUGGUUUACACACUGGGAAAUCUGAGAAAGGUGAGAGUAUAGCUGACAUCACUACAUGACAGUGUAACUAACUACCUGAGACACCCCAAUACAAGACACAACUACUCGACAGUUCUAAUAUUCGUGAGUCAGAUAACCGUAAUACAGAACAACCCUAACCUAAACCUAAACCACAGCGAAAGGAUAUUUUAUGACAAAACAAAGCAUGAAGUAUGUCUUCAAAAUGGGUGUGCUGAGAAAGACACGAAUGAGUGGGAGUAUCGUGUAACAUCAUUGACAUAUAAUGCAAAGGUUGCUAAACAUGUGCCAUUUGAUUGGCUCUUCAAUGGAGUGGAGCUCUGGAGGUCUGCAGCUGGACACUUUCCCAAAGAUUAGCCUCAGUGAGUUUAACUGAGCAAACUGAGAGUAAUCGGUGAGGUAGAGUAGCAGUGUGAAAAUCCAAGCAGGAAUAAGCCAUGCUGGGAAUCUUGAGCAGGGGAAAAUGAUGUGCUUUGUUAGAAAGAAAAUCUGCGAUACUAAGAUAUUUGAAGUAUGUUUCAUGAAAGACAAAACUAUAUAAAUCAUCCCUUAUAGGUUAAUCCUACAUUCUCUUUUAAUUUGAAAAGUUACGAGAUUUAACUGUAGGCACUUUUAUGUGGCUGGGUGCUUUGCUUCAUUUUCAGGGUUUUUGUUAAGAUAUAAAUCUGAAUCUCUUACAUAUUUUUUUUAUUUUAAAUAAAUUAUUUGAAUGUACUUUGUGUAGACUGUCAUCUUGUUAUGGGUUUUCUAUGAAAUAAAUUUAUUGUGCAAUAUUAAAAAUAGUCAUA